AUGGUGCAGGUGGUAUUGGUGUCAGACGGGAAUCUGUCUUUUGUUCUGAUGAACUAUGGAGACAUAGAGCCAACCAAUGCCCAGGCUGGCUAUGACACAGCUGGAUCGUCUGACUCCUUCUGGAUUCCUGUGGAGGCUACUACAGAGCUACAGCACAGCAGCAACAUCUACACUCCAGGCCGCUGGGCUUUCCGUGUCGAUGGAGGUUCUAUCAGCGAUAAGAUCAGCAGAGCCAGUGCCAAAGUGUGCGGCUUUUCACCGAAACCCCCCCAGAGCAGCAGGAUAGUGGGGGGCCAGGAUGCCCAACCAGGAAGUUUGCCCUGGCAGGCCAGCAUACACCGCCUUGGGCGCCACGACUGCGGAGGGUCCCUGAUCAACCACGAGUGGGUCAUCUCUGCUGCACACUGCUUCCUAAGUUCCUGCACGGCUCCACUGACUGUGUAUCUCGGUCGGCACCGUCAAGGGGGCAGCAACCCCAACGAGGUCCGACGAGGCGUCAUGGCGAUAAUCCGACACCCUAACUACGACAGUUUCUCCAAUGACAAUGAUGUGGCGCUCAUCCGGCUGAGCGCUCCCGUUCGCUACACGGCCUUCGUCAAACCCAUUUGCCUAGCGGCAAGUGCCAGCGUCUUCAUCACCAACACUAAUAGCUUUGUCUCUGGCUGGGGGUUCAUCCAAGAAGGAGUUCCCCUCCCCUCCCCACAGACCCUACAGGAAGUGGAGGUGUUGGUGGUGGGAAAUAAACAGUGCAGCUGCUCCUACGGAGAAGGAGUAAUCACAGACAACAUGAUCUGUGCAGGUGUCCCCUCUGGUGGCAAAGACUCUUGCCAGGCUGAUUCAGGAGGCCCUAUGGUGAGCAAGCAGGGCUCUGUUUGGGUUCUCUCCGGGGUCACAAGUUUUGGGGAAGGCUGUGGUCGACCCGGUUACCCAGGAGUCUACACAAGAGUGUCUCGGUACCAGGACUGGAUAACGUCUUUUACCUCAGAAGACCUCCCAGGCUUCGUUCAGUUUGAGUCUGAGGGACCUGACACAGACACUGACUAUGUUUGUCCCAGGCCAACACCACCCAGGCCCAGCACGUCAACCACCACCACAAACACUCCUUCAAUCACUCCCCUUCCAGUGACAGCACCCACCUCUGUAUCCAUAACAACAACUGCAGCAACCAACAUUAGUAGUACGUCAACAGUUACUAUGACAACGGCAACAACCCAAAACAAUAACAGUCAUCAUGUCUCUAUUUUCAACAACAUUCUCUUUCUCUGUCUAUUUGUUCAUGGUCUUCCACUACUACAAUAACCUCAGACUAUGGGUCCAGCUUUUUUCUCUCUUCUUACAACUGUUCACAAGCCUUUCCUAUUAUCACAAAAAAAUAGACUCUUCACUACUCCAAACAUGACCACUGCAAAACACUUUCUUCAGAACCUCCAGCUUACUUACACAUAUCCAUUUGAUGUUGUUUCUUUUUUUGUUUGUUUGUUUGUUUGUUUUAGGUUCAUUUUAUCCAUUAGGAGAUGGAGGCACCGUGAGCCCUCCACAGCCAGAUGGAACUUCCUCCCUCAUCUUCCUGGAAGGGACAUUUAAAUACUUUGGCCUUACCUACAGCCAGAUAUAUGUGGGCUAUUACUGCAAACACAC